AUGCUGGACGACGAAGCAUCUGUGGGCGUUGGUACCCUUGGGGGAUCCCGAAAUCCAUCAAGAAGGCGCAGUGCGAGACUGAAGCGAAAUGUUGGGUUCGCUGGAGAGGCUAGCUGGACGAGCAGCGUCAUCAACCUUGUUAAUACAAUUAUCGGAGCCGGUGUCCUAGCUAUGCCCCUUGCCAUGGCCCAUAUGGGAAUCGUUCUCGGAGUUUGCGUGAUACUAUGGUCAGGGAUUACAUCGGGGUUCGGUCUUUACCUUCAGUCGCGAUGUGCACAGUAUCUCGACAGGGGUACCGCCUCGUUCUUUGCCCUUUCGCAAAUCACCUAUCCGAAUGCCGCCGUCAUCUUCGACGCCGCUAUCGCUAUAAAGUGUUUCGGAGUUGGUGUGAGCUAUCUGAUCAUUAUAGGAGAUCUGAUGCCAGGAGUAGUUCAAGGCUUUGUGGGUGACUCACCGGCCUAUGAUUUCCUGAUGGACAGGCAUUUUUGGGUCACUGCCUUCAUGCUGAUCGUGAUUCCUCUGUCUUAUCUUCGACGUCUCGAUUCUCUUAAGUAUACCAGUAUUGCUGCGUUGAUUUCUAUGGGUUACUUGGCGGUCCUGGUUGUAUAUCACUUCAUCAAGGGUGACACCAUGGCCGAUCGAGGCGAGGUUCGCAUUCUUCGCUGGGCAGGUCCUAUUCCGGCUUUGAGCAGUCUCCCGGUGAUUGUCUUCGCUUUUACAUGCCACCAAAAUAUGUUCUCGGUGCUAAACGAAAUCGCCAAUAACAGCCACUUUCGAACUACGGGCGUUGUUUUCGCAAGUAUCGGAAGUUCGGCUGCUACCUACAUAAUCGUUGCUAUUACUGGAUACCUCUCGUUCGGAGAUAAAGUUGGCGGAAACAUUGUCAGCAUGUACCCACCAGGGUUAUAUGCCACCAUUGGCCGGGCUGCGAUCGUUAUACUCGUUAUGUUCUCGUACCCUCUUCAGUGUCAUCCGUGCCGGGCCUCCGUCGAUGCAGUGCUGAAAUGGAGGCUUAAGUCUUCAUCUAACAGCAGCCGAGAGGGCUCGCCUCAUCGCCAUCCUCUUCUAGGCCCGCGUGGAAACCGCCCGGUGGAAGCGAUGAGCGAGACGCGCUUUUCCAUCAUCACUACGACAAUUCUUAUCUUGAGUUACAUCGUCGCUAUGACAGUGUCCUCUCUUGAAGCCGUGCUUGCAUAUGUCGGCAGUACGGGAAGCACGAGCAUCAGUUUUAUCCUUCCGGGAUUGUUCUACUACAAGAUUUCUUCUCCGGACUCGCUUCUUCACCAGCGACUAAUGAAAGAAGAUGACGAAGCGAUAGAUGACGACAUUCCAUCUAGUGAUGAAAAUGAUGAGAAUAACGACGGUGAUAGACGACCUCUCACAGACAGCGGCAUCCUCUAUCGCGCUACACGUCAUUGGCGCAGAGUCCUACUGCGUAAGCUAAGUCUGGCUCUCGCAGUGUACGGCGCCGUAGUCAUGGUUAUGUUCAUCGCGACCGGUGUUCGGAGUAUUUGA